AUGGAUAGUGAGAAUUCGGAACCUCCCUUAUCCUCCCGGAUCGCGUCGCUGGUGCACGCUCAUUUCGAUGCUUUGCCCGCACGUAGUAAACCAUCGGUUUUUCCGGAUGGAUCGAGGGAAUGGAUUCCUAUGACCGGCAUCGUAGCCGUCAAAGGUAAUUCCGCUAUGCAUAUUGGCGCAAAAUGCCUAUCGGCAUCGCAUAUCCCACGCUGUAAUGGCCUUGUACUACAUGAUUGCCAUGCUGAGAUUCUGGCUAUACGAGCCUUCAAUUAUUGGCUACUUACCGAAUGUAACGGUAUUUUGUCUCAAGAGAAGCCAGUAACCUCCGGUUCUCCCAGGUCCGAAGCUAAAGAAUCCUCUGGCUCGUCUUUUGUACGAAAAAGGACACCAGAACACGAAGAUGGGCUUCCCAAUCGCCCUGGAUGGCCACCAUUUGAAAUUCAGCCAGAUGUCAACAUAUACAUGUACUGUACAUGUGCACCGUGCGGCGAUGGGAGUAUGGAGCUCUGCAUGGCCGCCCAAGAAGAUGCAACGCCGUGGGAAGUUCCAGAGCAACGGUCCUCAACAAGCCAGGAAAUCGACGAAACGCCUCCUGAAGAGCGAUUCCUCGAUGGCCGUGCUCACUUCUCUAUUCUCGGGGUCGUCCGUCGGAAACCAUCUCGCACGGAUGCUGAAUCAACUCGCAGCAAGUCUUGCUCGGACAAACUUGCACUGCGCCAAGUAUCUUCCUUGUUGUCCUGCGAGACAAGCCGUUUAGUCGCUCCUACCAAGAAUGCAUACAUUGCAGGCUUAAUCCUCCCCGAGGAAGAGAUCAGCCAAAUUGCCUGUGACAGAUCCUUUGGCGAGAACGGUCGAAUGCAAUCAUUGACAGGGCGCUCCUGGCCCCAAACGUCAAAUCAUCAACCAGAAGUGGGCUACCGAUUCCAUCCGUUCCAGAUUCUCUCAGUGCCGACUGAGGAGGUGUCCGCGUUGUGGAGCUUCGCGAAGCCGAAACCGAUUCCAUGCCCUGCGGUUUCUUCGCAGACUGAAGAAAAUCCCCAAACUCACACCCCAAAAAAGAGCAAACCAGGAAAUGCAAGCGCUAUAUGGACACUAGCGCCAUCAUACCAUGAUCCAUCUGCGACUCUGGAAAUAGGUAGCAAGGCAGUUCCAACCCUCCGCCGCUCAAAGACCGGAUUGUACGAAACCGUCAUCAAUGGAGUGAAGCAGGGCAAUCGGGCUUCCGCACCUGGUGCUAAAGGGGCAUCGGCUCUCUCGCGGGCCAAGCUUUGGGCUCUUUUUCACAACAUCACCUGUGUGCCCACGCCGAUUCAAACUUGCGAUGUUCCUGAGAAAAAGUUGAAGGAACCAGUUCCCCAAGUCCCGCAACCCAGUACUUAUCAAGAUUUCAAAGCACCCAGCAGCUGUGAAGACCCGUCAGGUAUCCGUAUGCAGGCCAUACGUGAUGCUCGACGGGCCUUGAAGGGAUGGAUCACCAAUUCUGGUGAUGAAGCUUGGGGCUUGGAUGUCUUGGUAGAUACUAAGAAACGGAAACGUUGA